AUGUGGACAUCAACAGCCGGCCUCGACGGCCGAAAGCUCCGGCUAGCCAUUACCUUCACUUCCAUCGUCGGCUUCUCCCUCUUUGGGUACGAUCAGGGCCUGAUGUCGGGCAUCAUCUCCGGCGAGCAGUUCACGAAAGAGUUUCCCGCCGCCAACGUGCCGGACGACGCAUCCGACGCAACCUCCCGCCACGUUUCCGUCAUCCGCGGCGCCAUCACCUCGUGCUACGAAAUCGGCUGCCUUUUCGGCGCCAUCUUCACCCUCGUCUGGGGCGAGCGCAUCGGCCGCACGCGCCUCAUCCUCAGCGGCGGCGCGCUCAUGAUUGUCGGCGCCGUCAUCUCGUGCUCUGCGUUUGGCCCGCACUGGGGUCUGGGCCAGUUCGUUGUCGGCCGCGUCGUGUCCGGGAUCGGCAAUGGCAUGGACACGGCAACGAUCCCCGUGUGGCAGUCAGAAUGCUCCAAGGCGCACAACCGCGGCUUCCUCGUCUGCUUCGAGGGCGCCAUCAUCGCCGUCGGCACGCUCGUGGCCUACUGGCUCGACUUUGGCUUCUCGUACAUCGACACGUCUGUGCAGUGGCGCUUCCCCGUCGCCUUUCAGAUCCUCUUUGCCGUCGUCAUGAUGCUGGGUGUCUUGGCGCUGCCAGAGUCGCCUCGGUGGUUGCUGCUCCGCGGCCAUGAAAAGGAGGCGGUCCAUGUUCUGGCCAAGCUCAACGGGACGCACGAGGAAGAUGCAUCGGUGAGAGAAGAGAUUGGCCUCAUGAAGGCCGAGCUACACGCAUCCAAGAGCGAAACAUCCGAGUGGAAGGCGCUCUUCACGUUCGGAAAAACGCAGGAAUUCCAGCGCAUGAUGAUAGGCUGUUCGGGACAGUUUUUGCAGCAAUUCAGUGGCUGCAACGGUGCAAUUUACUACUCUACGCUUUUAUUCAAACAAAACCUCCACAUGUCAGAUCGCAUGUCGCUGGUUCUUGGUGGUGUUUUCGCCACCGUUUACGCCAUUUUCACGCUGCCGUCCUUCUUCAUGAUCGAGAAGGUAGGACGUCGAAAGCUAUGGAUUAUCGGUUUUCUCGGCCAGGGACUCAGCAUGUUCAUCACAAUGGGCUGCUUAGUUCAUCCCACGACGCAAAAUUCGAACGGUGCUGCCGUCGGCAUCUUCCUGUUCAUUGCCUUCUUUGCCUUUACGAUUCUGCCGCUGCCCUGGAUCUACCCUCCUGAGAUCAACCCGCUGCGUACCCGCACGCGAGCGGCGGCCCUGUCCACCUGCACCAACUGGCUAUGCAAUUUUGCCGUCGUCAUGUUCACGCCCGUCUUCUCAGACACCAGCCCCUGGGGCAUCUACCUGUUCUUCGCCCUGGUCAACAUGGUUGCCGUCCCCUUUGCCUACUUUUUCUACCCCGAGACGUCGGGUCGCCAUCUCGAGGAGAUUGACCUCAUCUUCGCCAAGGCCCACGUCGAAGGGAAGUGGCCGUUCCAGGUCGCCCAGCAGAUGCCCAAGCUCCACAACGAGGAAAUCCUCGAAAUGUCGGCUCAGCUCGGCAUGGGGCGCCCUGGUAUCAGCUCCUCGUUUGCCAAUUCUGAAAAUAGUGUCGAGAAGAGGACGAGCGCGGAAAAAGACAAUGAAAGCCCGAGCGGUGCUACUGUUUAG